UAACUCUCCUUCACUCCAUCCAUUCUCAUUUAAGUCUCUUACCAAAGACAAAACGAAUGAAUCCAUCGAAUACAAUAGUCUCUCUCUCUCUCUCUCCUCUUUCUUUCUUUCUCUCACUAGGAUAGAGAUAGAGAGAGAGAGGACUGCAUAUAUAUUUAUAUAGAACUGCACGUGUGCAGUGUGUAGGUCUCAGACCCCAUCAUAGCUAGAGCCACCCCCAGUACUUCUUUUUUUUUUCUUUUUUUAAUUUGAAUUUAAUCUCAAGAAAAGUUUGAUCGAUCAGAGUGAUGGGCUACAUCUUACCCCACAAAAAACAUAUACAUAUAUAGUAUCGUUUCUCUCAACUGAUAUUCAGCCCAGACUUCCCAGAAACAAAAAGAAAAUCAAGAAUGGGAUGGUUGAGUUGUGCAGAGAUUUGGGUUUUGAUUGUAGUACUGUUGGUGUCGGGUUUGUGUGUGUAUAAAAAAAUAUGGAUGAUGAUGAUGAUGAUGGUUAAAAGGGAAAAAGAAGAGAGAGAAGAGAGAGGAGAGAGAAAGAAUGGAGGAGGAGGGGUUUUCAGUGUACCGAAGGGGAGCUGGGGUUGGCCUUUGAUUGGUGAAACUUUGGAAUUUAUUGCUUCUGGUUACACCUCCAAACCUGUUUGCUUCAUGGAUAAGCGCAAAUCUCUGUAUGGAGAUGUCUUUCGAACACACAUUCUCGGAAAAGCCAUCAUCGUCUCGACCGAUCCCGAUGUGAACAAAGUUAUUCUACAAAACCACGGCAAUGCUUUUAUACCGUGUUAUCCGAAAUCCAUCUCCGAAUUAUUAGGGAAAUCCUCAAUUUUGCAAAUGAAUGGUCCUAUGCACAAAAAGAUGCACACCCUUAUCGGAGUUUUCCUCAAAUCUCCACAAUUUAAAGACCGAAUUACCCUUGAUAUCGAGAAAGUCGUAAGGCUGUCACUAUCUACUUGGAUGGAUAAGGGUUGCCAAGUUUUCGUUCAAGAUGAAACCAAAAAGAUUACAUUUGAAAUUCUAGUGAGAGUGCUAAUGAGCAUUGGUCCGGGCGAAGAGAUGAACGUACUAAAGAAAGAGUUUGAGGAAUUUAUCAAAGGCUUAAUAUGCUUGCCCGUUAAAUUUCCCGGUACAAGACUCUACAAAUCUUUGAAGGCGAAGGAGAGAAUGUUGAAAAUGGUGGAUAAAAUUAUAUUGGAGAGAAAAAUCGGCAUGGAUAAUAACAAAACAGAUAGUAAAGAAGAGUUGCCAAAUGAUGCAAUUGAUGUCCUAUUGCGCGACGCGUCAGCGGAAUAUUCUGGAGAUCAGCAAAUGCGGGUCCCGCUCGAUUUUGUCGCCGGAAAUAUAAUAGAGAUGAUGAUUCCGGGAGAAGAGACUGUGCCCACAGCCAUGACCUUGGCUGUCAAAUUUCUAAGUGACAGCCCUGUCGCGUUAGCGCAUUUAGUGGAAGAGAACAUGGAACUUAGGAACAAGAAGGAUCAAUCCGGCGAAGAAUAUUCUUGGACCGAUUAUAUGUCAUUGCCAUUCACACAAAAUGUUAUUAGUGAAACACUUCGACUGGCUAAUAUCAUUAACGCGGUGUGGAGAAAAGCUCUCAAGGAUGUCAAAAUAAAAGGUUAUUUAAUACCGAAAGGAUGGUGCGUUUUAGCUUCGUUCAGCUCGGUUCACAUGGAUGAAACGAAUUACGAGAACCCUUAUGAAUUUGAUCCAUGGAGAUGGAAGAAAAUAGGAGCUGCUGUGAGUAGCAAUACUUUCACACCAUUUGGUGGUGGACAAAGACUAUGCCCCGGACUCGAACUCUCGAGGCUCGAAAUCUCGAUUUUCCUUCAUUUUCUCGUUACAACAUAUCGAUGGAACUCCGAUAAAGACGAAAUAAUAUACUUUCCGACGGUGAGAAUGAAGAAGAAGCUUCCAAUCACAAUCAUGCCCCUACACACACCAAUGAAUUAAUUGCAAGCUAACAAAAGUUGGUUUCUAUCAUUAAUUAAUUUUCCUAGAAACAUCCGUGUCGGUUUUCGUUAACAGUUUCGUCGAAAUUGUCUCUUUUUUUUUUUUUUUUUUUUUUUUGUAUAAUAUAUAAUUGAAAUAUUGAUAAUAUGAUAUAGAAGAAGUUGAAUUAUGGAGUUGAGUAUUAGUCCCACUGUCACUAUCUCAAGUGUCUUCCUCAUUGAAGAAGAAGAGGGGUCUUUCCAUGGGCCGUGGUACUACAUUUUAAAUAGUGCAAGUUGAGAUAAUCAUGAUUAUGGUUUAUUUAAUGCUACACGUGUAUAUAUUCGAUAUAUAUAUAUGUGUGUGUGUGUGUACACCGACUUGAAAAUGAAAUCAAGCGAUCCAAUACUCGAUU